AUGUUGCAGACAUUCCUGAUUGUUGCUGUGCCUGCACUGGUUACUUUGACUGCUGCCUUGUACGUUUUACACCGUGUGUCUAGAGCAAGAGAAGAAAUGCACAGACCACCUCAUUUCCAAACCCGUCCAGGCAAGUUGACAUCUGGUGACAGUACUGUCACAUCUAGGAGAACAGGUGGCGGCUCUGAGUCGGGUCCAUACAAAGGUGAUUGUGUGGUGUGCUUUGAAGAAAGCAAUAUCGUACAGCUGUACCCAUGCCUGCACAGAAGUCUCUGCGAAGAAUGUGUCAUAAAGAUUGUUUCCAGCAACCGCAGGAUUUGCCCCCUCUGUCGCACAAGAAUUCAAGGCUACGGUGAUGACUUCUAA